AUGGCAAGUUGGGAGUAUCCCGUUCAUAAAACUUUUCCUAUUGUUCCUCCACUUAAUGAGGUUGAAUCAAGCGAUCGGCCAGGUAUUCUUGACGCGAGAGAACAAAAAAUUCGAGAAGAUUGGAUUAAAGUAAUGGAACUUCGAUUAAUUCGUGAUCAAUUAAAAAAAUGUUAUAAAACUGAAAGUGUUAAUCAUUAUCAAAAUUGUAAAGAAUUAGCCGAGAAAUAUUUAAGUUUAUUAAAAGAUAGUAAAGUUAAAGGAUGGAAAUCACUUAAUGAUUCUAAAUAA